AUGAAUGAUGUGUCAAUAGAUACAUUUAAACUAAAUUAUUUUAAAAGAUACAUAUAUACUACUGAAAUUUCUUUAUCUGAAUUAGAUGAUAUUAAAAUUUUGGAAUUUUUAGUAGAAACAGAUAGGUUACUUCUUAAUGAAGAAAUUAAUGACAAAUUAUUUCCUUUUGUACAUCAAAAUUUGGAAGAAUUAAUACAAAGUGAUGCGUUUAAAGUAUUACAAAUUGUUUUUAAAUAUGACAUAUUCGAGUCAUUCCGCGAACCAUGUCUUAAGCUUAUAUGCGCUAAUCCAAGUGUUAUAUUCGAACAUUCCAAGUUUACUCAGCUAGAUUCACAUAUUCUAGCACUCAUAUUGCAACUGGAUGAUUUAGGAAAAUUGAGCGAAGUUAGCAUUUUAAAUUACUUAAUCAAAUGGGGAAUUGCCCAAAUUUCAGAUACCAUUCAAGAAAAAAACAUGGAAUAUUGGCAAGAAAAAGAUUACAUUAUAUUUCGAAAGACUAUUCAUGAAUUUUUUCCUUUAAUUCGCUGGUUUCGAAUCUCAAAAAAAGAAUUUAAAGAAAAAAGGCAACUUCUUAAAAAUAUUUUAUCUGAAGAUUUAUUUAAUAAAAUUUUAAAACUCAUAAUGAUGACCGAUGAACUAAAAAUUCAAAAGGAUAUUAAUGAUAUAUUAUCAAGAGAUAACAUUGUAAAGGCCAUUCUUGCCAAAUUUGAUAGUGCUGAAGUAUUAGAAAUCAUAGAGAAAUCUGAAGAACUACAACUUCAGGAAGCAAUUUCUGCUUCACUAUCGAAAAAGGAACUUUCCAAUAUAAUCAUACACAAAUUUAAUGCAAAUGAUAUUUUAAAGUUCGUGAAAAUAUCAAUCAAAUCUAGAAAAGCUAUUGAUGAUUUAUUAACAAGCUAUGAUUUUAUUAAAUAUGCUCUUGAUAAAUUGAGUAUUGAACAAUUUCUACAAUUCAUGCAAACAGCUGCCGAGCUGCCAACUAGAGUAACUAUUGAUAAACUAUUUUCAAAUACAGAUACAAACCUUAAGACAAACCUUAAGACAAACCUUGAACUCAUUACAACCAGAUUUCAAGGUGCUGAAGUUUUGCGCAUAUUGGUUGAAACUAAUGCUUUGCAACUUCAAAAUUCCUUCUCUAGCAUGACAUCUUAUGUGGAUCAAAAUUUAGACAAUCUUUUCCAAAAUGACGCACUUAUUCAAUUAGAUCCUUCUAUUUUAAUCCUUAUAUUGCAACGUGAUGAUAUGGGAAAAUUAGAUGAGAAGACAAUUUGUGACUAUUUAAUUAAAUGGGGUACUGCUCAAAAUAAAACAACUCAAAAGAACAUGAAAACCUGGACAAGUCAUGAUUACAAGAUCUUUGAGAGGGCUAUCCACGAAUUUAUUCCUUUAAUUCGUUGGUUCAACAUAUCGGCGGAAGAUUUUAAUAAAAACAAUAUACUUUUUGAAAACGUUCUACCAAAUAACUUAUAUCAAAAUAUUGUAGAUUAUUAUCUUGACCCUAGCUCACCACCAAAGGAGGCAAAUAUUUUGCCAUCAAGAUAUGAACCAUUCACAUUCCUUCUUAAACCACGACACUUUAAAAUUUUUGAAAGUUGGAUUGAAGAAGCUGAUCAAAAUGAUAAGAAAAAUAAAAAUCUUUUACACAAAUUUUUUAGUUCAAAUAAUUUGAAUACAAAUGAAAAGAAAGAAUAUUCUGGAAAAACAACCUUAAAUACGAAGCCAAAACAUUUUUCGAAUAACAAUCUCUAUGAUUUUGUUCUUCUUUAUCGUGGAAAGGAAAAUGAUUUCAAAGCAGAGAAAUUUCAUAAGUUAUGUGACAAUCAAGGUCCAACUUUGACAAUUGUAAAACUUACUGAUCAACGUCUAUUUGGUGAAAAUCAAAAUUUGCGCGCGUUAAAAAGAAUUCAUUAG